AUGCGCAUGAACGAAAUGCUUCCACUCGCACUGCAGACGUCUUAUAUCAGUCGUGCGCAAUAUCCAGUGAAUCUGAUCUCCAGCGAGACUACGACGUACAAAGACAAGCUACAAUCCUACAGGAAACGUCUAGACGAUGCUGAAGCAGAUCUGUGCUUGGUAGACGAGGAAGACGAAGUGGACACAAUCUUCGAGGUGCCCAUAAUUGACAUGUCUACUGAUGACGGCCAAGUCAGGCAGAAACGAAACAUCCACACUCCUUCAAAGCUCACUGAGUGGCUGGGUGUAACAGCCACCGAAGUUCUCAACAAGCCGAAUGUGCAACACGUUCGUGCCGCGAAACGAGACCCGAAAUGCCGCUUCAUAUACGUCUAUGGCGAGAACUCCCGUGAUAAACUGAAGAUCACUCGCGCCAGUUUAGUACAGAUCUUGACGUACCAUCAGGUGAUGCCUGUGUAUUUGGAUUUCAUGCUCAUUUUCGGCGCCCAGAUCAACGCAAAAGACCCUAGGUUCUUCGGGUUUCGCGAACAGAUACGGUUGAAGAACCCCCGAAACGAUCACAUUGCCCCAAAACUAGGGCGAAGCGGGAAGAUGUUUCAACUCUGCUUCAAUCUCAAAGGUGUUGGUCUAUUGACAAACAAUAGCGGCGAUGACGCAGAUCCCAGUGACGGGUCUAUCCGAACCGUAUCAAUAUACCAUCGGUUCGACGUAGAGCAUGGAACGACUCUUUGGAUCGUGACCAAAGGUGGUCGAGAUUUGUUGGAUCGAUACAAAGAGAUUACGGCCCCAGAUGCGCCGGAAGAUGCCAGGUGCUUUUCUGAUGCCGCGGCAUGCUUUCGCGCAAGUCUCUCUGUUCAUCUGAUGUUCUGUCACUGGUCGACAGAAGAUUGGCGAGGUUACAUAAGCUGGCUCGAAGAUCACUUGGACUACCGGAGCGAUCUGGCAUACCACUAUAGCCAAGUGGAGUCAACUUACGAGCUAGGUGGCAUUGCAGAUCUGCAAUACUGGCGGGAUAACGCCAACCAAGCGGUUCUUUUACUUAAUGCCAACAUCGAGAUUCUCAACUCACUGCGCAAGUUCUACGUCAACCUCACAAAUCGAGCGGACUUUCCAACAUCACUGAAGACUGACUGUGAGCAUGACCUGGACGUGUUUCUGUCACAGCUCGACGAAAUCAUGAAAGAUCUCCAGAGGCAACUGGAAAGAGCGAGACUGAUCAUCAACAUCGUCAACGACAGAAAGGAAUUGGUACUGCAACAUUUGCAGGCGCAGACCGAGCAGCUCAACAGAAAUAUGGGAAGAGAGGCCGCUGUAAUGCGCAUCAUUACCAUCGUGACCCUACUAUACCUCCCGUCAACGUUUGUUUCAACAUUCUUCAGCAGUGACGUAGUAAAGUAUCAAAAUCGAGAUGCGAACGGCGCGGGUGACUAUACGGAGAGCUUUUCCUCACUGGCUCUCAAGAGGAGAGUCUUCAAGAAGUACCUCGAUGGAGACUGUCUGUACAGUUAG